AGAAGCAGCACUAGAAGCAGCAGCAGCAGCGCUAGAAGCAGCAGCACUCGCAUCACCAGCAGCAGAAGCAGCCAUGAAGCACGUGAGCGAGCUGGGCGCGCAGUACGAGCGCGAAGGCUACGUCACGGCGCUGUCCGUGCUGAGCGAGGCGGAGCUGAGCGCCCUCCGUGCCGGCUAUGACGCCUGCGUGACCGAGAUCGGCAUGGAGGCUGCGCAGUAUUCUCUCCACAACGUCCACCUGCAGCAAGCCUGGGUGAUGGAGGCAGCGGCUAAUCCCCGCGUGGUGAGCGUCAUGCGUGACCUGCUGGGGCCAGACGUCGUGCUCCUCGACUCACGAUUCAUCUGCAAGUUCCCCGUGGCCCAGGUGGCGGGCGAGGGGAAGCCGGCUCCCUACGUUGCCUGGCACCAGGAUAUCAGGUACUGGGGUCUGGACGGAGGCCCCGUGGCCUCCAUGUGGCUGGCUCUGGACGACGUUGACGCAGAGAACGGAGUCCUCACCGUCAUCCCUGGGAGCCACAAGCAGGGGGUGCUGGAGCACCGCGUGGCGCAGGCUCCGGGCAACCUCCUCACCGCGAACCAAGAAAUCCCCGAGAACCUCGUGGACACGACACUCGCGGUGCAGUGCCCACUCCGCGCUGGGCAGAUGUCGGUGCACGAUGGGCUGACGGUCCACGCGAGCGACCCCAACUUCUCCCAACGCCGCCGCUGCGGCCUCGUGGUCCGCUACGUGCCCACGUGCGCGCACCCGUCCGACGACCCAGAUCGUCCACGCAAGUUCCCCGCCACCGUUCUCAUCUCCGGACAGGACAAGUUCGGUCACUUUGAGGAUCACGCGCCGGCAUUUUUCAACAAAGUGUUCUAGAGUCUGGAUUCUGGAAUCCGGAUUUUUUUAGAUCGGAUUCUGGAGUCCGGGUUCUAAAGCAUUCCGGAUCCUGUAGUCCAGAUUCUAUGAUCCGGAUCCUGGAGUCCAGAAUCUAUGAUCCGGAUCCUGGAGUCCAGAUUCUAUGAUCCGGAUCCUGGAGUCCGGAUUAUACAGUCCCUAUCCUGGAGUCCGGAUUGUAGAGUUGGGACCCUGACACCCAGGACGUCUCAUCGUCACCUCGUUUGACCUCUUAACCUCAUCUCAUCAUUAUUAUUGUCAUAAUCGAAUUGGAUAUUGUAAUGAAAUUGAUUGACCAUAGGUCUGUAUAACUUAAUGCGUGUUAAUGGCUGGUUACAUUAAUCAAACUUUGUAUAAAUCCCUUGCAUUAAUUAGUACGUUAUUACUACCUCUAUGUAACAUGUGUUGACAGCGACGGAACACAACCUCAGCGCGUGUAGCAUGGACGGAGGCAAGCUACACGCACGAAUAUUGUUAACCAUUAGCCGACCUUAACUGUCGCUGGUCAAUAUUUGUCCACGGAGAAGUGGCCUUAGAGGAUUGGUGUUAUGAGUGGCCGGGCGCAGUGCUGGCCACCUACUCCCUCGUGUGCCACUGUGCCUGCCUUCAUAGGUGCUGCUCGCUAACAGCAUGUUACAUGCUAUAACGAAAGGGGGAGAAGUGGGGGGGGGGGUCAAUGUCUUUGGUGCAAUGGUUUGCAGCGCACUACGGCUCUGAACGUCGGCCACCUGAGUGCGAUUCCCACCCACGGCUAACAUCAGUGGCAACGUGAUGCCAACCCGUACUGGUCAGCGUGGUGAAGUAUGGUCAAAACAAGCCCACGCUCCACACGGCGUGGGAAGGCCUUCAUCCAGAAGUGAACUAACAAAGGGCUGUACAUUUUUAUUGGUGAUUGUUAAUUGUAGAAUACUUUAUAAUUUGGGGGGGGGGGGGGUAAAAGAUUUUUAGAGGGGGGGAAUCAACAAUUUUUGGAAACUUUAAGAUCAACUAUUUACCCCACACUUUCUAUUACUUUUUGAUUCAGAACUUCGGCAAGCCUCCUGUAAUUUUGUUGACGGAUACAUGGACAGCAAACGGAACGCCGGGCUUUCACAAAUAGCUUAGUAUUUGAGCACUUAUAUGUUCUGUUUUUUUUUAAGAGAUAACAAGCUUUUUAAUAUAUUUUUUAUUCCGGGCAAAGCCGGGUACUUCCUGCUCGUACUUUGUAAUUUGCUGCAAUUUUGCGUAAGUGUAUGAACAGGGUGUGCAAUCGGUGGCAAGAGUUUCUCCACACACCGUGAUAUUUUCCGUGCAAUAGAUGUGAGUAAAAUUGGAUUGUGCUGGGUUGCACCCCCAUCGAUCGCGAGCAAUCGCGAGGAAUCGCGAACAAUGUGUGAUAUAAUGGAUAGCGAAUAAGUGCAAUGAUGCCUACGCAGCAGCUCUUUGCAAUCAAGCGGCCACUGCUUUAGACACUCUCGCUGUCAUUAAUUGGUUUAGUGAACACACAAUGUCACGAAAUAUCUUCCCAAAAUAGACGUAUGUACUUUUAACGUCAUAUCUUGAAUCUUAAAACGCCGAAAUGAAUUUGCGACGUUCUUACAUUCAGUCAUUGACUCAGCUCUCCGCCGUGUCUUGGGGUUAUUUUACACUGCAACUGUCCUAGAGAAGAUAUUCUGUUCACGAUUUUAUAUAUAUAUAAAGUGCGCGAGAUUGCGUACGAAGAGUUUAGUUGAACCAGGUGAGACCCAGGCGAGAUCAAGAAGAUGAUUGUGUUUGACGUUAUCGAUUAACACACCUGGCUGUAGAUGAUAUUGGGCGUAUGUGAAUUGUUGGUUAGUGGAAAUAAUGGUAAUGUAUAAUGAUUUUUUGAAAAUAAAACAAGACUGUGUUGAU